AUGGUGGAAUUUAUAGCAACAGAUUAUGUAGUGAACUCAUUGCUUUAUCAUGCGUAUAAACAGAAAUACAUGGACUUUAUCAUUGGGCCUGAAUCAGGUCCACAACUGAAAAGCCUGUUGUUAACGACUUGCGAAAGCGGGUACUGCAUUGGUGAAUACCUCGGUGAACUCUCGCGGCAGUAUCCAAAUCGUGAAGUGGAAAUUCAUUUUUCGACUAGAAAGGUUGUUUCUCAAGUAUUUGAAGAUAAAUGUGUUCAUGAGAGGGUAGAUUUGCCUUAA